GUGACUUUGUAGUCGCGCCCUUGAAGUGAGAUUUGUUUGCGUUGGCUACGGCUGACUAUAAGUCUCCUUCAGUUUGUAUUUUUGGUUUGUUGUUGCUCACAACAAGAUCACAUAGUCAACGGACCAAUGGAGUUGAAUAACGUACACUGACAUCCAGGUCAGAACCGUGUAACCCUAAAAUUGGCUGGUUUCUAAUUUUACAACCUCUACGUAACGUCUUCGGGAAAAGUUUCCGACUACAUAUAGUCAAUGUCAGAAGGGCGAUGUCUCGGUGCUGUUAGUCAGAAAACAAAGUGUUGGAAUGUCUCCUCAUGGAUAAAGAAUAAAAUUGAAGAUGAAGGUGUGCAAGCACGAAAUAUAAUCAAGUAUAGCGUGCCCAUCGAUAAUCCCAGUUCUCCCAGACGUUAUGUUGCAAAAUGCGACUUCACUCUGCCUUCCUCGACACUUGAGCAAGAUAUAACGAACUCGGGAAAAAACAAAAUCAAAAUUGCGAAUGGUGACAGUACCAUCAAGAACUCUCUAUAUUCCGAAGUUAAUAGUUGUAAUAACUCACAUGAAAGUAGUAGUUUGAGCACAAACAACUUUUGCAAAGAACGAACUGCUUCCAAUACACGUUCCGGUAGUCUGAUAUCGACAAAUUCAAGAACCGUUUGCUCACAACUACAUCGUCAUUUUGACUCAGUAUCAACAGUUCCCUAUAGGCGUAUUAAUCGUGGAAGACCUCUAACUGAAAGCGAGUAUAAGGCACGUUAUUGGGGUCAAAUGUUGGAUACCUUAAGACGAACUAUCGAUGAAAUAUAUUCAGCAUGUGAAACAGAUGAGAAUGAAGUGGAGUGUAAGGAGGUUAUCAUGAUAUUGGAACACAGUAAGCAAGACUUCUUUUCAUUGAUAGAAAAAAUGAACUUAUUACGUGAUUAUGAACAGGCUGAUGCACAUAAUAGACCAAACUCUCUUGCAUGGGAUGAACGUACUAUUCUGCCAGGAAAACCAAUUAUGUGUCAAGUAUUAGCUUCAACAGGUGUUGUUACAUCUGCGCAACAAUCUUAUCUUUCCACCCCAUUAAGCAUGAAAUCGGAUAGUAGUGUCAUAGAGGUUGCAGAUAGUGAUUCUGAUAUUGGUUGUGCUAAAUCUGGUAAUCGGAACCAUUCAUUGAACAAACUCAAAUUAAAUAUAGCAAUUAAUGAUAAUAAACAUCAUCAUCAUGAUGAAUCAUGUACUCGACCAUCCAAUAAUUCAGUGAUGGUACCGAAUUUGUGUAAUCUUGACAACGAACCAUCUGAUGCAAAUGACGAAGAUGAUGAUGAAGUUGAAAUUUAUGAUGAUGACGAAAGCGUAGAACAUCAUCGUCAUCGUCAUCACAAAAGACAACAAAUGUCUAAAUUCACAUAUUUGGUUGAUGAUGAUGCUGAUUACGUUGACCGAGAGGAGGAGGAGGGGGAGGAUAAUACAUUAUCUCAUGAUUUGGCAAAAUUAGAUAAAGCUAUUGAAAAUGUUACCACAGCUGAACUUGUAUUAACGCAUCAGUUAGACAAAGCACAACUUGCUGAAGCUUCUUUACGUAGACGUUUAAUUAAAGAAGAGAAAGCCGCUUUUAUACGUUCAACUAGUGGUUAUAAUAAAUUUUGGUAUAAUUCUCGAUUAAAGAAUCCUAUGCAUACAAAUUGUCAAAAUUCUGAAGAGAUUGAUGUUUGUGGUACUGCUACGACUACUACUACUACUACGACGACGACAACUGACGAAGUGGAAAUCGACACAGAUGUCGAUUUACUUGAUAUGGAUAGUAUUAUAUUAGAUGAUAUUGAUAGCUGUGAGAAAUUAAUUCCUGACACAAGAAAAAUUACAAAAAAUAGUAACAAACAACGAAUGAAGGUGGUUCAUUCACCGUUGAAUUCUAUCCAUUGCUUUUCGGAGUAUCGUUUAAAUGAUAAUUCGAAUAGAAUUGAAUCAAAUAGGAAAGUCAUAGAUAAUUCUAGCGUACAACAUUGCCAUUGUUGCAGUUGUCAUUGUCAUGGACAUAAUUAUGCAUUUAAUCAGUCGUCUUCUUCAACUAACUUUCAAUGUUAUGAGAUCGAUAGUUCAUCGAAGAAUUUUGAACGAGCUCAAAAUACUCACCCACAACGUUCUUCUGAUUCAGUAUUAUUAGAAAAAACUGGAAAUAAUUGCCAAACCAAAUAUUCAGUGGAAACAAAUUUAGAUCAAUAUUAUGAUCAAAAACAAUCAGAACAACCAACUUCUGAAGAUGGUACAUUUAAACACUGUGAUAACUUUGUGGAUUCAUUAUCAAGACCAUUAGAAACAAAACACAAUGAUGAUAUUUCAGAGGUCCCUGUUCAAGUGAGUCAAAUUCAAUCGAAUUUAUCAUUAUCAUCAUCAUUAUCAAAAAAUACUGUAAUAUUGGAGAAAUCAUCAAAACAUAUUGACUCAAAUGAAACUAUGCUGUCUUUAUCCACUUCAGCAGCAGCUACUCAAGAUGUUAAUAUUUGUCCACAAGGAUUAUUGUUUCUUCCUAAAACAGAGGUGAAAUCACGUAUACCAGGUCAUGGUGUACAUAUGCAUGAAAAACUUUCAGCUCGUUCAAAAAAACGGUCAGCUAAUUCUAUCCAAGAAAUUGAAGAGAAACAAGCUCGUGCUAGAGUAUUACGUCAGCAACAUCUUUUGGAACGAACAGAACGUGUACAUGAAUUAAGCAAAAAGGUUGAUGAAGUACAUUUACAAAAACUUAUUUUAUUACAUCAACGUCGUUCAUGCUUAGAACGACGUUUACAUGCAGCUGAACGUAAACGUCAAGCUGAAUUAACACGUCGAGUUCUUAAAGCACAUGAUGAAGAGACUAAAGGAAAAGAAAUUGCCUUUAUACAAACACUUGAAGCGGAACAAAAACAACAUAGUAUAUUAACGAAACAUGAAGAGAGUCGCGCAAGAUUAAAUGAACUGGCAAUUGAACGUCAACGACGUACCGAAGAGAAAUUAUGCCGAGAAGAAGCAGCUAAAAUUCGUCGAAGAGCUUUAGAAGCAUCACGUUUAGCUAGAUUAGAUGCAUUACAAGCUAGAUGGAAAAUUCGUGCACAACAAUUAGCAUCACGUGCUAAAUUAUUGGAACAUUCACGUCGAGCUGCAGCUCGUGCUAAAAAACAAUCACGUGAAAUUAAAAUGGCUACCUUAGAAGAACAACAACGUACACAUAUUGAACAGUUACGUUGCAAGAUUCAACGUAAACAAGAAGAAUCUGAAAGACGUCAUCAAGAGUCACUUAGAGAAAUAAGUAGAAAAGCUUUUGAAAUGUCAAUACUAACUCAUACUGGUGAUGAUUCACUGACUGUUCCUGGCAUUGAACCUUAUCCAGUACAAAAAUGGUGUAAAGCAUGUCAAGUAAUGAUUAUGUCUGAAGUUCAAUUGAAAAGUCAUUUACACGGUAAACGUCAUCAGAAUGCAAUUAUGGAAGCUGCACAAAAUCGUCCUGUUGGUAGAUCUGAAUUAGAAGCAUUCAAUUUAUCACAUCUUGUUGAUGCACCAAAUGAAUUACCACACUCUCAAUAUGAUAUACAACAGGAACGUUUAAAAUUACGUAGAAAACGAGCGAGAAAAUUAAGACAACGAAUGAAUCAAAAAGGUUUGCAAUUUUUGAAAGAACUCGAAAGCAACAAGACACCAAUUCUGGAUUCAUCCAACAAGUCACAUUUAAUUAAAUUAAUCAAAAAUGCUCAUCGUUUUCUCAAUCUUCCUGAUACUGGUCCAUGGGUAAUUACACGAGUUCAAGCUAUGGAAAAAUGUUUAAAUAGUUUAUUACGAUGUAUUUCUAAUGAUCAAUCUAAAACUCAUUCCAUUUUACCAGAUAAUGAAAAUCAAAGUCAGUCAGUUAAUUUAGCUGAUCGACAAAUUUGUCUCGCUAAUGGUUUGUUAUCAAUUCUAGUGAAUUUCAUUGGUUUAAUUCGAGAACAGAAGCCUAGUUCAAAACAGUUAGUCCCGGAGAAAACAUAUAGAAUAGCAUGUUGUCUACUUCAUACAAUGUGCACUUCAAAUAUUGCUGCUUCUAUUUAUAUGUUAUUAUCAAAUAAUGUUUCAAUACUUGUUGAUUGUUUAGUGAUACAAUUUACCACAUCUAUUCCAAAUAAUCGACAUAUUAUUCACUGUAAUUCAUGUUCAUCAACAAUAACACCACUAUUAAUCACAACAGAUCAGAAAUCGUCAUCUUCGACAUUCUAUGAACAAUUCAAUCAAGAUUCAUUAGUUUUUAAUUGUUUAUCUAAUCAUUCUUUUACUUUGGAUUUAUUAAAUUGUUUAACUAAUCUGUUAAAUGGUUUCUAUAAAUUGAACUAUUAUUCUACUGAAUUCAAUACUACUACUACUAAUAAUAAUAAUCAUAGUAUGAGUAGUCGUAGUAGUAGUAUAUCUGGAGGAAUAAAUGGAUUUGCCACGACGACAACAACAACACCAACACCUUCAUCAUCGACAACAUCAUUAACCUCAAUAAUAACAGCAAAAACUUUAUUCGAUAAUGAUUGCCAUGAACAACAACAUGUUAGAAUUGAUUCACAACGACUUCAAGAUUUACUUAGCUACAUUGUAAGUAGCGGUUUAGUUGAUUUAAUAUCGAUCAGAUUGUCAAAUCCAAAACAAGCUAAUUGGUUAUCAUCAAUAAAUAAUAAUACUGAUGUUGGACAAUCGAAUUCAAUACCUAAACAAUAUGCAGAAUAUUGUCAACAAUUUGUAUUAAGUAGUAUUGCAUUUUUAACAAGCCUUACACGUUUACUUGGUGUUUUAUCAAUUAAACAAAGUAAUGAUGAUCAAUUGAAUGUUGAACAUCAUCAUCAUUAUCAACAAACGUCCAAUUCAACUGUUACUACAUCAAGUUGUUCUUCAAUUUCAAAGUCAUUAAUUGUUGUUGAUUCAGUAGGAAAGGAUCAAGUAACAGAAAUUGAAGAAGAAAAUGAUUCAGAAAGUUGUGUAAAUGUGUUAACUGUAAAAUGUAAAAAUAUUAACUCAUCUCAUGAUCCAACAACAAUUACCAACACAUCUGUCAAAGUGAACUCAUCUGAUAAAUUGGAUUCAAAGAAAAAAUUCAAAGAUCCAACACAAUUGUUAGAAACUAUUAGUAGUACUGAAGUGUUUGGUUUAGUGCCAUUAUUAUAUUGUCUUUUAUUGGAUCCAAAAAAUAGUCGAUCAGUUGAUACAAUGACAACAUUAGGAGUUAAUGUGAAUAGUGAUUCACAUCAGACAACAACGAAUUGCAUUAUGCCAACAUCAGAAUGUUCCGAUAAUAUAGAUCAUCGUCAAAAGUCGACACAAACAAAAAAAUCUUCAAUGAAUUCAAAAUCAUCAUCAUCAUCAUCUGCAGUGUGUAAUUCCAACUGUCAUGAUUCAUUACCUUUUAGUAGUGAAAUUAUAGCACAGAUUACUUUGAAUACAUUAAAGUUAAUUAACUCGUUAGCUUCAAUUCAUAAAAAUACUAUGCAGGUUUACAAAAUCAUCUUCUAUGUAUGAAAUCACCAAUCAUAUUUUACAUGAAGUUAUCUUAUGUAUUGGUUAUUUAUGUGUGUUAAAUUCGGAUAAUCAAACUAGUUUACAAUGUGGUUCAUCACCAAAUCUACUUCAACGUUUAUUAUCAUUACCUUUUGAAUAUUUUAGUUAUUGUCCAUUAACAGAUAUUUUAUAUCCAACAUUAAUUGCUUGCUGUUAUAAACAUUCAUUGAAUACAAGUGUAUUAGAAUCUGAAUUAAGUCCAUCUAUAUUAGCAAAUUAUAUUGAAGAACGCUUACUUGAGAAGAAGGUGAAUUCAUUCAGGAAAAUUGAGAAGAAAUGUAAUAACAAUGAAUUUCUAGGUUAGUAUUUGUCUUGAACAUAUGCAUUCUGUAUUUAUUCUAUUUGUUCAAGUUUUCAACAUCACAGAUGACUUAUCUCUUCUACUCCAUACAUAUAGCAACAAAGCAGAUGAAGGGAACCAAUGUAUCAGCAGUCUCUGUAGCAGUAAGCCUUAACAUACAUAAAGGAAAAAAGCAAGAUACUAAAAUACAACACAGUAAGCACCAAUCAAAUGAUAAUUGAUAGAGAAGCUCUGGAUGAAGUGAAAAUUGUUACGUACCUGGGUAACACCACUGAUAAACAAUGAGAAUCUGAUGCAGACGUAAGAGAAUGAACAGCAUUCCUAAAGUUAAAGAAUCUAUUGAGCACAUAACAACUGUCCGCUCUCCCUCUCGAAAUGCUCUCACAUGGCCACGCGUAUAUAGCCUCUGCCAAAAAAAGUCCUCCUCACUGCCUUCUCGUGGCGGGGGUGUUGUUUACGAAAAUGAGAGGACGAAAGGCGAAUGUCCGGCGCUUUAACCGGAUUCCAAACCAAUGGUGCACAUGGGCUCCACUAUCCUGAGGGAACAAAUGGCGUAUGAACCAAUUGUUGGUCACCGGCUUCCAUGGGACUGCAUCUCCUCACGAUGCUCCACUGCUUUGUGGAUCAGACCUUCAGAUCGAAGGCUCGGGGAGUGGCCCCCUAAGGAAACCACCUGCUUCGGUUUGGGCACCCGGACAGUAUCACAGCCCUCACACAUACCGAAUGAGGUUUUUGUGGCGGAUAUGUAUUUGGUGCCUUGUACCAAUAUCUAUGUGUUAAAAUAAAAUAAAUAAAUAACAACUGUCAACCAAUAUCAAUGUCACAAUCUUUAAUAUGAACGUCAAGACAGUCCUACUAUACGGAGCUGAGACUUGGAGAACUACCACAGUCAUCAUCAAAAAGGUACAUGUAUUUAUAAAUAAUUGUCUAUAUAUGAUACUCAAUGUCCGUUGGCCGGAUACUAUCAACGAUGACCUACUGUGGGAGAAGACAAACCAGCUUCCGGAUGAAGAGGAAAUCAGAAAAACACUGUGGAGGUGGAUAGGACAUACAUUGAAGAAAUCACCAAACUGCAUCACGAGGCAAGCUCUAACUUGAAAUCUUUGAGGCAAAGGGAACGAGAUUGACCAAAUAAUACAUAGGAUCAGGAAUCGGAUAUCGAAAAAAUGAAUAACAUAUGGGGAUAGUUGGAAAUGAGGCCUCAUAGCGAAAUGGGCUGAAGAAUCCUGGUCAGCGGUCUAUGCUCCACAAGGGGUAACAGGUGUAAGUAAAUAAGUAUGAUAUAUAACUGAUCGGUAGUUUACUGGUGAACGUAAUCCCAACCAUUGAGUACCAGGCUUGAAUACCACUCCAUGCUCCCACUAUCUACAUCUAUUUUCGACAGUUAUUACAUAUUGCCAAAAAUCGUCACUUGAAAGCCAGAUAUAUACAUACAAUCGUAAAGAUGAACCAUAAAUGCGAGCUGGUGAUAAACGUAAAAAUCGUUUCACAUUCACAGCGCCUACAUCAAAACAAACAUAUCGUUUCCCAAUGAUGAAAUAGACUAGGGAACUACACGUAGGGUUUUUAUCACGAAUUGAUUUUAGCUAUGCUACAAAAACGAUUUGUAGCCAUAUGGAUAAAGGAAUUUUGGUCAAAAAUCUAAGAAGCGCUUUUGUAAAUCUGUCUACAUCAUAAGCCAAUUCAUAUGUGUAUUUUUCUGAUAGGCUGAAUGGAUCAAGGAUUUCUCAAAGUACAGAAGCUCACGUUUAUUAUUUCACUUUACCAUCGUAGAUUAUACAUUAUGGCAGGUGAACAAUCAUUAUACUUUUAUGAUAUCAGACUCAUCUUCAAUUUGUAGGAUGCGACUAUCCAUUGAGAUUUUGUUUGUUAAAUAUUGACUAUCUUGAGUAGUGGAUGAAAUUUUUUAAAGCUCUAUUUAUCACAACGUCUUAAGUAGAAUAAGUGGACAGAUUCACCAUAUUACUCUUUACUGUGAAUCAAUAAAAUGGGCUUGGACGUCCAUCGGAUUUUUCAGUUGUUUGCCAUUUGGUAUUACAUUUUGUAAACAGUUUUGUAAGAAACUCGUUAUUAUGGAUAACUGCUUUCCGACUUUGAGUACUCUCAUUACAUUGUUAUUGUGCAAUAAUGUAGAAUGGUAUCUCAAAACUCUACUUAUAAUUAUGAAUGUCAUCAGUAACUUCGUUUAUCAGUUAUUCGGUAUGGAAUUUGGAUACAUAACCUGGUCAUGAUUUGACGAUUUUAGUCAAUGUACUUUAUAUAUCUAGGGUCCAACCCGAUACAAUAUAGGUAAUUCUUCAUUUACUCCUUCAAUCUCUUUACGUAUGUGUGUUCGUCAGCUAAUGUGAUCGACAUAUGCGUUACUAAUACCCUAUCACUUACCUUUAUGUACAAUGCGUAAGAAUAGGUUUGAAGCAGGAUGAAGAUGGGUAAAACAAGACAUGACUCCUCUAGUCUAUGAAGUCACUGACUGUUAAUCUGAACCGCCUGAAGGUAUGUGUCAAUAGGACUUUCCUGACAAGUGGCUGUAUACACGUGAUCUUAUGAGAGCAUUUAAUGAAGUGAGCAGACCGUCUUCACCCUUGGCCACUAAUCCAAUAUUAGUUGAAUACAAUUGUAUGUUUUGUUUUGUUUUUCUAUACUAUUUCAGAUGAACGAUUCAAUUUUGAGCAACGUUUUAAUAUUUCAGAAUGGGACUCUGCCAAAGCUUAUUUCUCAAGAUGAUAAUCAUAACACACACACACAUGAUGAUGAUGAUGAGAUUUGUACAAAUUGAACAUCAUCUUAAUGUUAACCGAUGAGAUUAUAAUUUAUAGAGACAAUCUUUGAAUGACGCUUAACUGAUCUUGAGAGAGAGAGAGAGAGAGAGUUUCCAGCUAGUAAUCAGGAUCAAAUGAAGAUUAUGAAUUAGAUAUAGAAUUUACAUGAUGAACUGACAUUAAUUAAAAUGUCAAAAUGUAAUUAGGUCAAUUUACUGGUGCCCAAUAUCUAAGAUCUGUGAUCUUAAAUCUGAUUCAUUCAUUCAUAAAUGAUCGUCUUAACUACUUGUACAUUUCUUUCCUUCUCUCUUUACUUCCUUUUUUUCCUCCUUUCAAUACUCAAUCUUUCUCGUAUAUGAACAAUAUCAAGUUAUGGUAUUUGAAACUCUUCGAAUCAAACUACAACAAAAACAUCAGUUUUCUUCCAUGAACUAUUCAAAAUAUGGUAUAGUUUUUGUCAAUUUGUAGUAAUGACAUAAUGGUGAUGAUGAUGAUGAUGAUGAUCAUCAUCAUCAUUCGUUAUUGAGCAAACAUACAUUUAUCUUAAUCGUUGAAAUUACUACACUUUAUA